ACCUUUCAAGAGGUCCAGCAGAGAUAGCAGCCUGUCAUUUUCUCUCACUCGAUCCAUACAGAAGGACCCUGACAAUGUCUUCACCUGCGGCUGCUUUGCCCGUGGCAGCUCCAGCCAAAUCUCCCAUAAAGAGAGCGAGGCCUCAGAAGAAGAAGAAUGCUGGUCCAACAUUGAGAGACCAGAUAAUGCAGAUACUAUUUGGAUCCAACCAGCGCGGUGGCGUGUCCCUGCCAGCCCUGAAGAAGUCGUUGAAGGCCGGAGGAUACGACGUGGACAAGAAAAAAGCCAUACUCCUCCUCACCCUCAAACGCUUGGUGGCCAAAAAUACUGUGGUCCAAACCAAAGGCUCCUACAAGGCGAACAAGAAGCCCCCAACACCUCGAAAGAAGGUGGUGAAAAAGAAGCCCAAAGCGAAAAAGGUCAAGAAAGUCAAGAAAGCUGCAGGUGCCGCUACACCCAGGAAGUCACCCAAGAAAAAGAGGAAGCCAAAGAGUCCUAAGAAGGCCAAGACGCCCGCAGCGGCCAAGAAGCCAAAGGCGGUAAAGAAGGCAAAGAGUCCUAAGAAGGCCAAACGCAGCACCAGGACCAGAGCUGCUGCCAAGAAGUGAGAACUCUUCCUAUGAACGUUGAAUGCUGACCAAACGCCUUUCUGGUUGCGUUUAACUUAUGUGUGGACCAAAUUUAUGCAUGCAUUAAGGACUUGUUUGCUUUACUAUAAUACAGUUUUUCUAGAAUAGGAAAUACUGAAGCUGCUGCUUUUACACCCCUCUCCCUGUCACCAUCUGCCGUGGUCUGUAAAGAACUGAAUAUGAAUUGUUUUAAUGUAAUAAACUUGUUUUCAUGUA